AUUGUGAUUAUAAUAUAUUCACCAAGAUAUUUAUCAUGUCGCACACACAUUCGACAUUAUACACGUUGCAAUAAAACAUGUUUCUAGAUAUGGCUUCGCAUUGUAUGCCAUGUUUAAUUCCAUCCAUGGAAUCACAUCGGGUCUGAUAAAUAGCCGGUCAGGGUUCCAAAAACGGGUUAGCUACCCCUUCCCAAACAUAUGCGAUGUAUCUAUCUCGCAUUUUAUGCCAUAGGCCUGGUGGUAUAUUCUUUCCCAGAUUCGUGGCCCCUAAGGUUCAUGCAUAUGCACUCUGGAACUCCACUGUACGAUACAACCUGGGCACGACAGUUCGUUGGCAUCGGUGGUGGAGGUCUAGAUUUAUCCCGAAAGAUGGCAGGAGUAGUUCAGGAAAUGCUUCUACAUUUGUGCGGGAUGCUAACUCGACCCAGGAAAACAAAAGGCCCAUUCCCAUCACUAUUCGUGGCGCCGUUGCAAAGGUGAAGAAAAGAUUCACGCGCUAUUGGGGAUUUAGGAGGCCACAACUUUUAUUGUCUACCGUUAAGCGAUAUUUGUACCGUAAGAGGUUAACGUAUGGUCCAAAGCGACCCUCGCGGCACCGAGAAAAACUACGGCAAAUAAAAACUCGGGCGGCUGAAAAGUCAGCGGCACUGAAAAUAAGUGCCAUAUUCGCCCUCCGUAAAUACGGCAAGCUAGGUGCUGGUAUCUAUCUAGGUGUCUACAUCGCAACUUUAGUGCUGAUGAACAUAUUAACGUUUGAAGGCUACGUGUCAAGUGAUGACCUAAGGAAUCUACUAGAGCGAAUUAACGUCACGCAGUUCCAGGUUCCCGACAUGGACAGUUGGAUCGCCAAAUUCACAGUGGCUUACAUUGCCACUAAGGUAGUGGAGCCACUGCGCCUGAUACUCUCAGUGCUAAUGGUACUGGCAAUCAAGCGUGGUGGGAAAAGGGGGUAGUGGAACAGAUGUUUUAUUACCCUCGGAUAAAUAACGAAGUAUAUUCCUUUUAAAAAGCGUUGAAAUAUGUGCUAGGAUUUACCUUUUGCUAUAGUUGCACCCGCCAGUGCUGAUGGCGAAAGGUGGUACUGGGAAAUUUCAAUUUUAAGGGAAAAUCUGAAUGAAAUUUGCUGAAGAUAACUCUACGUGAUCUGAUAAGGUAUGAUAAUGAAGCCUGAUUGUUUCUGCAGCCUUUUUGUCAUAGCCGACGAUACCCUCCCAACCUACUCAGCCCGAAGUAUAGGAACCAGAACAGAUCCAUCGAAAAAAUAGACAUCCAUAACUUUCUCUUGUUGUUGAUAAAGGGGAAUUAUGGUAGUUUGCUCAUUUUUAUGUUUAGGUUGGAUUCACCACCGUGGUGGUCAUUCCGUACCACCGGAACUGUAUGCCAUGGUAUAUCUCUUGGUUCCUUUUUGUAUGCUACAGCAUAGGUAGUUUUACAACCCUUUUUCUGGCCCCACUAUGGAUGCCUACCCGCCAUAUGUGCCAUCGGGUCCAUUUAUGGCUACUAUACAUCAGGGGGGAGGUCAACUGUGCUAUUCUGGGUCACCUCCCAGAGAGCAACUUGGUGACUACAUUUCACACAAAGGGUACAUA